AUAGAGGCUGUGGAACACAGUGGGUGGGGAGGGCUGGAACCCUGGGAGCACUCCACAUGGGUACUCCCUCAUUUGUACUUCCCUGAACUGGGAGCUCAAUGCUGACCUUACACCAGCCUUGACCUCAUUUCCACUCAUCUGCUGGACAGGGCAGUCUAGGCUGAGUCGGGGUAGGAGGAGCCACAUAGCAGGGAAAUUCAGCACAGAAUGUUGGAGAUAAACUGCAACAUUAAACUAAAAAUACUGCAAUAACUAAACAAUAAAGGUUAGACCAUUACCCCAUCCCAAGUAUCUAUGUGCUUGGAAAUAUUCCACUGAGCUGGGUGACUCUGGCUUGUGUUCGAGAAAUAAAAGGCCAGCCCUUUUGAACUGAGGCAAAAGGCAGCCCUGUGAACUGAGGAUCAGGCUAAGCAACUUCUUGGACGCCAGGGCAACCACCACUGUCUCUUUCCCCUUGACUCCUGUCAGCACCCCUCCCCCAGGCUGCUGGCAUAUUUAAUUAGCUACUAGAGGGGAGAAGUCCUAGCUAAGAUUCAGGUCUCAGCUCUAGCAGCCUCCAGUAAGCUGAUUUGUUGGUGAACCCCAAGCUUGUACUAGGGCAUUCUAGGUCUCAGCCACUUCAUCUCACACGCCUGUGCAACGUGUUCUGUGCUUGGUUGGUUUCUGGUCUGGGGAACCCUUUAUAGCCUAUGAUGUGAGGUCCAUGGGCACCAGGCCAAGGCUGCUGGAGGCCUGCUGCACAGCUUCAGGAAUGUAGGAAAGGAGGGGAGCAUGGAACAGCCCAGUGGAUCCUCAGACUGGUCCCUAAGGAAGCAAGAAAACAGCGCCUGGCCUGGAGAAAGAUUAUGUGUGGCCUUGAAUAGUAGGGUCAGCGUCCAGCAGCUAAAGCGUCGGUGCCUGCGUCAGGAAGCACAGACAUGCAGAGCCCAGGGUAGCGGCCUCGAAUCUCUGAAGCCCAAACAAACCUACCCAAGGGACCACUACGUCUGUAUAUGCCAAGAGCCAACCAGGACCUAGGCCCCGCCUCACUCCAGAAAGCCAACAAAGCACAAGACCUGCACCACUUCCCUCCAGGGCCGGAAGUGUCUAGGAAACUGGUUGGCGCUCACAGUGCGUGGUGACGCACUUCCUCCUUGUGUCAGACCGGGCCCAAGGGGAUUCCGACAGACGACGCUGCAGGCCUCAACCCUUUGCGAUUGGCAGUUAGCCCUGGAGUAUUGUGGGAAUUGUGGCUCCGCCUUUUCCCCUUUCGUCAUUUCUGGGUGUAUUUCCGUGUGCGCUCCGGUCUGGUCUUCGGGAUGGCACACGUGUUAAGGUUACAAAUCCCGGCAAGCUUUAGGCAAUGACCCAUUGCAUUCUGGGAGUUGUAGUUUCUCUGGUGCUGAAGCCACGAUAUUCUGAUAACCCGAGACUCGGUUUCCCAGGAACCCAAGCGGUAUUGAACAGGCCCGAAUCCUGGGGAACUGGCGGGACGCUGCGGGGAAGGCGGCAGCGUAUUGAAGCGUGUACGGUCACUGGAACGGUGAGCACUGGCCAUUCCCGUGCCUGUUUCUGCCAGCCCUCCGUCCGGACCCGAGUGGUGCCUACAGUGUGUACCCAGAGAGGCUGCGCUUUACUGAGAGCCCGUGAUGGGAGGAGUCGCUGAUGGAGAUCCCCUGUCAUCAGCAUCUCCCAGCGCUCAUUUGUUGUAUCUCCACACUGUUAUGAUCUCGUGGUUGACUCUCUCCUUAACCCCACCUAACCUGCAGCUCCACAUCUGUGCGCGCUAGGAUACCCUUUAGCUACGCAGCUUCGCGAGGCCUCCCGUCCGGCUGUGAGUAAAGGCGCUUGACACACAGUGGAGGUGGGACGGGUGUCAGGUCUCAUGGCGGAGACAGAGGCUGGCCUGGAGGCUGAGGAACCCACCGAGGAUGACACCCUGCCUUCUGACACCGUCUCCCUCAGCGACUCGGACUCGGACCUUAGUUUACCUAGUGGUGUGGAGGUCCAAGUGUUGUCCCCAGAGAGGCUUUCCGGGGAGGACCAGGAGGACUCCGGCCCUGAUGACCCUCCCUCGCCCCCCAUGGGCACCCUCACCCAUGAGGCCGUGCAGCCGUUCCACCUCCGAGGCAUGAGCUCCACCUUCUCCCAGCGCAGCCACAGCAUCUUUGAUUGUCUGGAGAGUGCAGCCCGGCAGGCACCGUGCUCUGCUCCCCAAACUAGUGUGAGUGACAGUGGCAGCUUCAAGCGGCCAUUGGCUCCCCCAAGUCAAACUCCAGCAAGGAGCCUGAGCAGAGUGCAUGGGAGCACUGGCCCAACCAGGGUCCUCCCUGUCCCUGAUUAUGUGUCACACCCUGAGCGUUGGACCAAAUACAGUCUGGAAGAUGUGUCUGAAGCCAGUGAGCAGAGCAAUCGUGAUGCUGCCCUGGCCUUUCUGAGCUCUCGAACCCAGGCAUCCCCCACAGACUAUGUGCCCUCUUUCAACCAGGACCCCUCUAGCUGUGGGGAGGGAAGAGUGGUCUUCACCAAACCAGUGCGGGGCAGUGAGGCUAGGGCUGAGAGGAAGAGAGUCCUAAAGAAGGGGGUGCUGUCAGGUGCUGCGGGUGAGGCCUCUGUGGAGCUAGCCCAUCUUGCCGGGCCUGAGGCUGAGGAAUGGAGUGGCCACCAGGGACAGCCAGAGGCGGUACCUUCAGAAGCUGCUCAUCCUGAGCCCUCAUCAGGCCCCAUAGGUGUGAAGGCUGUUGGUUUCCAUGGCAGCAAGAAGCGGAGCAGAGACCACUUCAGGAACAGGGACAGUAACCCUGAGGUGCCAGGGUCUGAGAGAGGACCCUCAGUUUGACUGCAGUGCCAUCACUCACCCCCUCACCUGCCAGUCCAGGUGGGAAGGUGUGGGCUAUCAGCAGUGGGGGUAUGUGAGCAGCAGCUCUGGCAGAGACUGGGUAUUGUGGGUAAGGGGACCUUGAAGGCUUUUGCCCCAGUGUUUUGGGAUGAAUAAAAUUUGGAAUAUUUCUAGAA